AUGCCUCUCUCAACCGAACAACUCAUUAUUGCUCAAGGCUCGACGGUGCUCAUUACGGGCGUCAAUGGCUUUAUUGGAUCCAAUAUCGCUGACCAGUUCCUCAAGUUUGGUUACAAGGUCCGCGGUACGACCCGUAGCCUGGAGAAGAAUACCUGGAUCAGCACCCUAUUCAACAAAAGGUAUGGCUCAGGCAGUUUCGAGUUGGUGGCUGUACCAGACAUGGCGGCAAAGGACGCCUUUUCCAAAGCUGUCAAGGGUGCCUCAGCCGUUGUCCAUACGGCAACCAUCUUCUCCCUGGACCCGAAUCCAUAUAAUGUGAUUCCGGGGACAGUAUCAGGAACUCUCAACGCUUUGGAAGCAGCCGCCCAGGAGCCAAGUGUGAAGCGCUUCGUCCUCACAUCCUCUUCCACAGCCGCAUUGAUCCCAAAGCCCAACAACCCCGUCAAGGUCACGACUGAUACAUGGAACAUCGAGGCUGUAGAGUUGGCGUACCGCGAUCCGCCUUAUGAGCCGGAGCGCGCGCUGCCUGUUUACGCCGCCAGCAAGACCCUGUCCGAGAAAGAAGCUUGGAAGUUCAUGGACGAGAGGAAGCCUAGUUUCACCCUGAACACCAUUCUGCCCAACAUGAACUUCGGCGCCAGCCUCGACGUCGCCAACCAAGGUCACCCCUCCACUUCGGCCUUUGUUGCAGAGCUUUUCAAGGGAAAUACCCACUACCUAGGUGGCAUCACAGCUCAGUACUUCGUCGAUGUGCAGGACGACGCCAUAUUGCACGUCGCUGCCGCUGUUCACCCCGACAUUCAAUCCGAGCGCGUAUUCGCCUUCGCCGAGCCUGUGAAUGCGGACGUUAUUCUGGCUGUUUUCCGGAAACUCUAUCCGAGCCGUAGCUUUCCCGCCAACUUCCGGGCGGAGGAGGAUGUGAGCGACAUUGUGCCUGGUAAGCGAGCCGAGGCCCUGUUGCGCGACAUGGGCAGAGACGGAUGGACAAGAUUGGAGGAAAGCAUUAAGCGAAACACGGAAGACCUCGUUUAG